AUGCACUUCGCAUACCCUCCACGAAAGAGUUCCAAUCCGCCACCCUUCAGGGCGAGAUCGUCGAGGAUACCACCGAUUCUUCGAAGGAGCAGGACAAAGGUCAUCGCCGUCGGUGCACUCGCAUUCCUUGGCUUCAUCUACCUUCUCUCCGGAGCCUUCAAGACCAGUAGUGCGCCCCGCGCACCAUCGGGCAACCCCCCUGUGGUGAUUGUCACGAAUCUGGACGAGACGACGUACGGAAAGAACUACCUGGCGAGUAUUCGUGAUAACAGAAAACAGUAUGCGGACUUGCAUGGCUACGAAGUGAUGUUCACGAAGGUUGGCGACUACGAUCUCAAAGGUUCCCCGGCGUCAUGGAACAAAGUUGUGUCUCUGAGGCACGCGAUCACGAAGUAUCCCGAGGCGAGCUGGUUCUGGUAUCUUGACCAGGAUUCGUACAUCAUGAAUACCCAAUCUCUAGAGAGUCUUUUUCUAAAGGCGGACAAGAUUGAGAGCUUGAUGAUCAAGGACCACCCGGUCGUACCCCCCGACAGCAUCAUCAAGACGUUCCCUCACUUGAAGGGCAACGACAUCGACUUCGUCCUCACGCAAGACAGAGAGGGUCUAUCUGCGGGGAGCUUCUUCGUCCGGAACGGAGAGUGGGCGAAGUUUUUCAUUGACACGUGGUUUGACCCUCUAUACCGGUCUUACAACUUUCAGAAGGCUGAGGGACACGCUUUGGAACACAUUGUUCAAUGGCACCCGACUAUUCUUUCUCGACUAGCGAUUGUACCUCAGAAGACGUUCAAUUCAUACAACAGAUACGACAAGGGCGAGAUGUUCGUGGACGGCGAUCUUGUCGUGCGCGCCGCCGGCUGCACUAAGUCUGGAGACCGAGCUUGCGACAAGGAACUUGAGACAUACAACACAAAGUGGCAUGCUGCGUUUAAAGCAUAA